GAAUUACUAAUGCAGCAUUUUAAGAAGCAAGGAUUGGUGGGACUUAAAAAUAGAUGAGUUUAGAGCCAGGCAUGUAGGAUUCACCUAAAAAAUUAAGCAACAUGUUCAUGUUGAAAGUUUUUUCACCAUCCCCUUCUGUUUUUUUUCCUCCCCUCUUCUGUUACUUCCCCCCUUGCAUCAAUCCAGAUCCUUGAAAUCUACAGCAAAGUUAGUAUAUUUAUUAGAUCAGUUUAAUAAAAAGUCAUCCCUUUUUAAGUUAGUGUGAUAAACUGAAUGCACAGAACCUGCUGCUUCAUACAGCUGAGAGAGCAGUAAUUUGUUAUGCAUGCCUGGGAAUAUUUGUCACUGUUUUAGGAAACCACACAAGUUGUUAUUUGAGCCAUUGCAGGCAUAUAUGCACUUUAGAUAUGAAAAUAUACAUGCAUAUAUAUAUAUAUAUUUCAUCAUAGGCGUAUGUCUGUUAAGCAGCAUUGGAUGAUACAGUGCCAGGAAACCUUAUAUUUUUUCUGCCUUUCUAGAUAAGGCUCUAAAUACAAGUGGUACCAGUUAUGCCUAAAUUUAAAGAUAGUGGGAAAUGGUAAUAGCAAGUUGCCACAAAAAUGAAUAGUUGAAAGUGAAAGGAGGAAGGUAGAUUGAGCAAGCAGCUCAUGAGAAAGUAUUUGUUGCCAAAAUGCAGCACAGACAAAAGAAGACUAAAGGGAGACUGAAUCUUAGACGCUCACUCUGUACAUUAAGUUUAAUGGUUAUAUCAACGGCUUCAUAUGACAGGAAAUGAUCUGGGCGUUUUGUUCACUUAUUCUGGAUGCCCUUAGUUUCACAGAGCAACGGGUAACAUGGAUUGCACCUCAGAAGGAGACAGCUGAACUCUCCCUCUGGCUUUAGUGAGGAAAGAGCAGCGAUGAAAUCCGUGGACUGUGUGCACGUCAUCCAGCAGAAGGAUACCGCCUCCUCUCCCUCUGCCCCCCCUGGUGCUGGUUUGGGCACCAAGGGACUUUUUUCUGUCACAUUCCUGUGGCUUGCAAUGCUCCUGUCCUCUUGUCUUGCAGCAGUGUCUCUUUACCAUGUUAUCACCCUGAAAACAGAAGUAGAAGCUCUCCGUAGCGAGCUGAUCUACAGGGUCCAGGCGAGCUCCCGGCUGGACCAGCCACUGGUGUCCCCUAAUGAAAAUCGAGCGGGUGCCCCUGCUUCUUCCUUUCUGCAAGUGUCAGCAGCUGCUGCCAGGCAGGGAAACAGGGUAGCUGGUCCUGACACAGCUGAGCGUUUCCAGCAGGAAAUCUGGAAUGGGAGCAGGAACAGGGGGAGGAGGUCUAUAAUCCACACCGAAGAAACAGUGCUGCAGGCCUGUUUGCAACUGAUUGCUGACAGCAAAAGUGAUGUCCAACAGAAAGAAUUCUUGUUUCUUCCAGAUGAUUCAAGCAUUGUCCCUUGGCUCCUUAGCUUUAAACGUGGAACAGCUCUGGAAGAACAAGGAAAUAAAAUAGUGAUCAAAGAAACAGGAUACUUUUUCAUAUAUGGCCAGGUUUUAUAUACAGAUACAACAUUUGCUAUGGGACAUCUAAUACAGAGGAAGAAGGCCCAUGUGUUUGGUGAUGAUCUCAGUUUGGUGACGUUAUUUCGUUGCAUCCAAAAUAUGCCACAGUCUUAUCCGAAUAAUUCUUGCUAUACUGCUGGCAUUGCAAAAUUAGAAGAAGGGGAUGAGCUUCAACUUACAAUACCACGAAGAAGGGCCAAAAUAUCCUUGGAUGGAGAUGGUACUUUUUUUGGUGCAGUUAGACUCCUCUGAAGCCCCUCUUUUCUAUUAUUAUGCUUAGUGCAAUUUUCUUCUCUUCCUAUGCUUCUGAGAGAAAAAAUAUUGGAUUGCAAGAAAGCUGCCAGUUCAGUCUCUCCACACACACACGCACACACCCCUUCCAAGACCUUUUGUGCGGUUUAAUAAGCAAACCCAAAACAGGAAACUCACUAGACGUACUGUGAGAUAUAACCAUCAUGCGAUUACCAGAAAGCAAAUUUGUUUUAGACAAUGGAAUAUUCUAACUAAUAUCUGUAAACACAUGGGUUUUGACUUUGAAGUAAUUCCUUGUCCAUGAGGCAAAUCAAAGAGUUGACCCCAAAAUAUAGCAAAAGCAGGACCAUUUUUAUUAUAAUUAUUAUUAUUAUUAAGGCUUUCUCUUACCUGUGGAUCUGUGUAUAAAUUACUAAAAUCUAUUAGUAUUUGCUAACUAGAAUCAGUGUUACUGGGAAAAGGACAUGUAAGAUACUUUGACGGUUCAAUCUUCAAAGUGUCACUACUUGUUAAGGAAUAUGUGUAUGCUUGUAUGUGAGCAAGGCAGGGAUAGAAAGAAACACAGUGAAAUGAUACCCAUUUAUAUACAGGACAGAAAAUUAAUUUUUCUCCCUCAAAAGGAAAAUGUUGGUGUUUCCUCCAAUCCUUAUUUCAAUAAGGAUCAUGUAGACCAGCUAUACUUCUCCGUAUCAUAAUAUAGUAGGUGGAACUGGAUUUCUGGCUUCAAAAUUUUUGCAAUCAUAAAUAAAUGUCUGUGUGUAUAUAUGUGUGUGUAUAUAUGUAUGCAUAUGCACAUAUGUGUGUGUAUAUAUAUACACACAUACAUGGGUCAUUAACACUUGGGCAUAGGAUUUUAUUUUCUUUUGAACAGUUUAUCCAAUGGAAAUAUUAUUGUAUAUGUAUUUGUCCUUUUUGUCUUGCUUUUUGCUAUCAUCCUUUCAAAGCAACAGAGUAAAAAGAAAAAAAAAAAAGCCAUACAGUUAAGAAAUUACAUUUGUAUCCCUGGAGUCUGGGUUCAUUUCCUAGGCUAACUAUAGACUUACUGUGCGUUUUUGAGAAUAUUGCUCAAAUCUGCCUAUACACAAAAAUCAAAACUGUAAAUAGGUCUAAGCAGAUUUCUUCUUUUCUCCCUUUUGUCUAUCUGCUUUGUUCAGUAGACAAGAUUUUUUUUUCUUUUUCUUUGCCCAAGGAUGCAUGUAUACCACACCUAAUAGAAUGGUCAAGGCUUCUAGGAGCUAUUGUAAUACAAACAUUAAAUAGUUUUUUCACUGAUUUUCAUGGAAGUAUUGAAGUGCUACUGAAAUAGAUAAAAAUAAUAAAAAACACAGUAAUGAGCUGUGCUUCAUUUGAAAAAAAUGUUCUAGGGGCUGAGUAUUGUGUCAUUAGUAAAGAAAAGGUUCUUUGUA